GCGGACAAGUGCGGACACAUUGGCCGCCGCGGCGCUCGGCGAGGCGCGCACGGCCCCAGGCGGCUGCGCCCAGCGGAGGCAGCGCCCGCCCGCCCGCAGCGCUCGGGCCGCGGCCCCGCCGGCGCUCAGCGCGCCCAGCGACCUCUCAGCCCGGCUCCGAGGUCGCGCUUCCCGGCCCAGGUCACUGCCCAGGCGCACGCGGCGGCGGCGGCGCCCAGCUCACCAUGGUGGCAGCGCGCGCCCAGCGCCCGCGCGUCGCCGGCCGCCCGAGCCGCAGCGCAGGCUGAGAGCGGUCCGCCGGAGCCCCCGCCCUUGCCAGCCCCCCGCCGGCCCGCGCGUCCCCUCCGGCCGCCGCUGUCUAUGGCGCAGCCCCCCUCCCUGGAUCAUGCACAGAAACUUUCGCAAGUGGAUUUUCUACGUGUUUCUCUGCUUUGGCGUCCUCUACGUGAAGCUCGGAGCGCUGUCAUCCGUCGUGGCCCUGGGAGCCAACAUCAUCUGCAACAAGAUUCCUGGCUUGGCCCCGCGGCAGCGUGCCAUCUGCCAGAGCCGGCCCGAUGCCAUCAUCGUGAUCGGGGAGGGGGCGCAGAUGGGCAUCAACGAGUGCCAGUACCAGUUCCGCUUCGGACGCUGGAACUGCUCCGCCCUUGGCGAGAAGACUGUCUUCGGGCAAGAGCUCCGAGUAGGGAGCCGCGAGGCGGCCUUCACCUAUGCCAUCACCGCGGCCGGGGUGGCCCACGCCGUGACGGCCGCUUGCAGCCAGGGUAACCUGAGCAACUGCGGCUGUGACCGCGAGAAGCAAGGCUACUACAACCAGGCCGAGGGCUGGAAGUGGGGUGGCUGCUCCGCCGACGUGCGCUACGGCAUCGACUUCUCCCGGCGCUUCGUGGACGCCCGUGAGAUCAAGAAGAACGCGCGGCGCCUCAUGAACCUGCACAACAACGAGGCCGGCAGGAAGGUCCUGGAGGAGCGCAUGAAGCUGGAGUGCAAGUGCCAUGGCGUGUCAGGCUCGUGCACCACCAAGACGUGCUGGACCACGCUGCCCAAGUUCCGCGAGGUGGGCCACAUGCUCAAGGAGAAGUACAACGCGGCGGUGCAGGUGGAGGUGGUGCGGGCCAGCCGCCUGCGGCAGCCCACCUUCCUGCGCAUCAAGCAGCUGCGCAGCUACCAGAAGCCCAUGGAGACGGACCUGGUGUACAUCGAGAAGUCGCCCAACUACUGCGAGGAGGACGCGGCCACGGGCAGCGUGGGCACGCAGGGCCGCCUGUGCAACCGCACGUCGCCGGGCGCGGAUGGCUGUGACACCAUGUGCUGCGGCCGAGGCUACAACACGCACCAGUACACCAAGGUGUGGCAGUGCAACUGCAAGUUCCACUGGUGCUGCUUCGUCAAGUGUAACACCUGCAGCGAGCGCACCGAGGUCUUCACCUGCAAGUGAGCGCCCUGCUCGGCUCGGCACACCGCUCAGGGUGCCCCCUCGCUGGCCCCCCGCCCCCCGGGGCUCCCUCCCACCCUUCUUUCUCAUCGUCGCUUCCCCAGGCAGAGCUGUCCCCGAGACCCGGCCAGCCGAGAGGGCGACGCCGAUGGCACUGCUGUCCUUUGGGGCCCAGUGAGUUCUGUUCUUUUCUCCGGGGAAGUGAACCCUCCUGGAAAGCCAAGUGGCGAGACUCCGAGCAUCCCCAUCCCCCACCUGGUGGCACCAACGGCCCGAGGGACCUGGAAAUGCCAAGCCAGCCGACCCCACGCGGGACUGUUUCUCCGGCCGUGGCAGCCGCCGGGACUCGGGUGGUCUGGGAGGAUGUUGACAAGGUUUAUUUAUGUUCUCUUAGUAUCGGAAAAUAAUUCUUAGCACUAAGGCAUAGCCAGUCCUGACUGUACUCCGUGUUAGUGCACCCCGUGGUCCUCUGCUUCCUGUCCCUGCGUCUGACCCGAGGGAGCAGCCCUGUGCACAGCACCCUCUGGCCCUGCCCCUGAGAGGGCCUCCGAGGAGAGCCAUGGACAGGGACUCUUCUUUCUGAAAACCCUAUCAAAUCCAAAUGUCACCCACGUCAGGUUCCAGGAGUGCCCUGUCUCCUAAGGCUGUCACCCUCCCCGCACCCCCGCCAGCCUGGUGCCCUCAGUUUACAGAGCCCACUCCCAGCCCGGAGCCAGCCAGAGCCCUAGGACAGCUCUGUGCUGACAGUGGGCUGUCAGUGGGGGCGGCUCAGGGGUGGGUGUCCACCCGCACCAAGGCCUGGGAUGGCUCGAGAUUCAGCCAGAGACCCCGAAGUUAUGAGCAGAGGCUCCUGCCUUGGCUCAGACAUCCUGACCUCCUGGCCAGGGCUCCUGACCCUGGAAGACAUGCUCUGGGGACACCCAUGGUGGUGUGAGACUGUGCCCAUGUUUUGAAGAAUCUGGCUGUGCCCCUCCUCCCCUGCUGCCAGCUGCACGGGGAGCCUGCACCCCCAGAGGCGCCUGCCGGGGUUUCUCUAGUGGCCUCCCUGUCCAGGCCUGUUCCUUUGGCCCUGACUCUAGUGCUGAGAAGGCUGGAUCCAGGGUGUCACUCGGCCAGGGCCCCGCCUGCUGUCCCAGCAGGUGUCUGCCCCCCAGGCACCUCCCCCAGGUGAACACCACCCCCCUGAGAACAUCCCCACCCUCCCUUGGGGAGUCUGAGGCAUAAGGAGGUGACUUGCCAGCAAGGAUGAUGUGCCACCGGCUUCUGGUGUGCCUUCCACUGCUUGUGGGCCCCUCCCACCCCGCCCUGCAUUUCGGGUAUUUUCUUGCAGAAACCUGUGGAAAUGUGUCCUCAGGCAGCUGACAAGCCAGGUGGGCUAGACUUUAGCCUGGGGUGAGUGAUACCAUCUGGGCCCUGGCCCUGGCAUCUACCCCGCGUGCCCCCGAUGAUGCCAGGAUGCUCCACCAGCUGCUGUUCCAGGCACUUCCAGGCCACCGUGAAGGUCCCGCCCCCGGCCCCGCGUCCCCGGGUCCCCGGACACUCCCGAGUCCACAGGCCCGGUACCCUCUGCUAAGGAACCUGGUUAACUUAUAUUGUUAUAUAGCGUUGAAGUGUCUAUCGUGUCUUUUAAAUUAUUGUGACCUACACUGGGUACUGGAGGGAGGGGACAGCCCCGUGCGGUCCCCCGAGCCAGGCUCCUCCUUCUGCUUGAAACGGACUCUUGGGGCCCCUGAUGCCAUCGAAUCAAGCGCACUGUCCAGGCGCCUCCGCCGAGACCCUCCUCCUUCUUCCCUUGGGCGAAGGGGGGGUCAGCGCUGCCCGGGUGGGCCGGCGGCGGUCGGGACACUGCGUGUCCCUGGAGCGCUCCCACCCCGGGAGAGCUGGGGGGUUUCCGAUGCGCUGUGUCCCGCCUUCCCUGGAGGGGAGUGCCCGGCUCCAAUAAAGCUGGAAUCAGAA